CAUUUGAACUUCGUGAAGUUCCACUUUCGUUUUCCUUUCAAUUCUGUUGCCGCUUUCUCUGUCUCUCUUUCAAUUUGGACGCUGGACCAUCUCAUCUCAUCUCUACUCCUCCGACAGUACAAACGUUAGUAGAACACUCCAAUUUAUCCCCUCAGUUCCUUCUCAGUAUCUUCAUUCAUUUCUAUGGAGCCCCAACUCUCCUCUUCAUCUCCUUCUUCAUCCUCCUAGCCCGGGUAAGGGACGCCCCAGUUCGUAUCUUUUCGAUCAUUGCAGUCAUAAAGUUCAAAUUUUUAGAGCGUUCCCUUUGUGGGCUCUGUGUAUUACGUGUCUGUCUACUUUCCUUCUGGGUUCCACUCUGAUUUGCAGGCCUAUAAGCUAGAGAUUGGUUCCAUGUGUUUUGGUUAACCUGAUAUCACAACUCUAGCAAGCACUCAUGGCAUCAGAAGCUUAGGUUUAGCUCGGGAAAUUGGUGUCAUGAAAUAAGGGUUGAGGGAGGACCAGAAGUUAGUACUGAGGAUGGAACAGUAUGAAGUUCUGGAGCAGAUUGGAAAAGGCUCUUUCGGUUCUGCUCUGCUCGUGAGGCAUAAACAUGAAAGGAAGAAGUAUGUCCUUAAAAAGAUUCGUCUUGCGCGGCAAACCGAGAGGGCUCGUAGAUCAGCCUUCCAAGAGAUGGAGCUUAUAUCUAAAGUACGCAAUCCAUUUAUUGUGGAGUACAAAGAUUCCUGGGUAGAGAAGGGUUGCUAUGUAUGCAUUAUUAUCGGAUAUUGCGAGGGUGGAGACAUGGCAGAAGCUAUAAAAAGAGUGAAUGGGGCGCACUUUUCUGAAGAGAAAAUAUGCAAGUGGCUGGUUGAACUCCUUAUGGCUCUUGAUUACUUGCACUCCAACCAUAUUCUUCACCGUGAUGUCAAGUGCUCAAACAUAUUCUUGACCAAAGACCAAGACAUUCGCCUAGGUGAUUUUGGUCUUGCAAAGAUGUUAACUUCUGAUGAUCUCGCUUCCUCUGUUGUUGGAACUCCAAGUUAUAUGUGCCCCGAGCUUCUUGCCGAUAUACCUUAUGGUUCCAAGUCAGAUAUUUGGUCUUUAGGAUGCUGUAUGUAUGAAAUGACUGCACACAGGCCUGCAUUUAAAGCUUUUGAUAUGCAGGCUCUCAUUAACAAAAUAAACAAGUCGAUUGUGGCUCCCCUUCCCACCAUGUAUUCGGGGGCCCUUCGGGGGCUUAUCAAAAGCAUGCUGCGGAAAAAUCCUGAGCUGAGACCAAGUGCUGCGGAGUUGCUCAAUCACCCACAUCUUCAGCCUUAUGUUCUCAAGAUCCAUCUCAAGCUGAACAGUCCCCGGAGGCACACUUACCCUAUGCAGUGGUCCCCCCGGAACUACAUGAAGAAGAUCCGAUUUAUGGACACCCCUGAAUCUAUUCCCAUGUCGACUGAUAGGGAGAAGAGAUGGUCUUUCAGCAAUGACCGGACGUUGAAUCCUAGCAUUUCGGUGACCGAACACGACUCCUCGUCGUCCCUUUCUCGGCGAGCAUAUGAUUUCGGGAGCUUGAAUCGAACAUUUGAAGAGUUAUCAAUCGGGCAUGCCUCGGAAGAUUUUGGCAGUGAUAGGUCGAAAGUCUCAGAUGUUCCACUGGGUUUUGCAAGAACCCCGAGACUGACACCAGUAAUGGAAGCUUCUACUCCCAGGAGGCGCUCGACUACAGCAAAAGUGUCUCGAACUCCGGCCAGGAAAUCAUCCCGGUCAUCGCGCCGAGUAUCCCUCCCGCUAUCAACUAGACCAUCAACUAUGGGCCCUCCAUACACAGCUAAUGUCGACCUCUUUCGAAGCACCGAAUCUCCCAACGUCUCAGUCAACAAACCUCGUAUCGACAAGAUUGCCGAGUUCCCCCUGACAUCACCAGAAGACUCGAUCUUGCCAGACAUCAAGGGUCCACAACUCUCGCCUGCCAAUCCUGACUGCUCAAUCACGAAGGACAAAUGCACAGUCCACCAUCCGAAAGAAGCUCCACGAAGUGAAAGCUCACAGAAUAACAAUGGCAAUACUAAAAAUAAUAGCAACAUCCUCACAACUGGUGGGAUCUUGAGAACAUCCUCUUCUUCUAAUGAGUUUCGGCAGCGGAAGUUCGAUACCUCAUCGUACCAGCAGCGAGCCGAGGCAUUGGAAGGGUUGCUCGAGUUCAGUGCUCGAUUGUUGCAGCAGGAGAGGUUCGAGGAGCUAGGUGUGCUUCUAAAGCCGUUCGGCCCUGAGAAGGUUUCACCCCGGGAGACCGCGAUUUGGUUGAGUAAGAGCUUUAAAGACACUGCUGUGUAAUGACAAACAAGCUUUGCAGUUACAUUGAGAUGGGGAAUUGGUUGAAUGUGUUCUGUUUGGGGUUUGUUGAGGUUCUUGGAUUGUGUCGAAGGGAUUGUGCUGUAAAUACAUGCUGAAGUUCGAUCUUUCGAGAAUUUUGGGAGGCUUUGAAAGGUUGUGGUUUAUGGAAUUCCCGUAUUGUUUGUCAAAUAUUAUUCAUGGAA